UCCGGUGAACAGUCGAAUCUCUCUUGCUCCAAAAAGAAGCUCUUCUUCCUCACCAAUCGUCUAGCAGCAGCUACAAUGUGCGCGCCGUGGGGGAGGGGGCGGUUAUCGCUUGUUAUUUCUAGUACACGCAGGCGUUGUUUGGCGCGUGCGUGUUCUUUCUUCCAUCCCGAUGUUUUUGGAGUAAAUAGCAAGAGCCUCGCGGCUUGCUUGGACAAAGACUGAAAGAUGGCGUGCGCGUUCUCUCCGACUUACUCCUGACUCUCCAGCACCCUCCCUCCCUUUGGAACUGCCGCUAUUUUCUGAUUGGACCCCUGGUGCCCCGGUCAGCUGUCAGGAAUAGUAGAAGCUAAGUCUGCAAGGAGUGCGGAAGGGGGUGAGACAGUCUCAAGGCAGAGGCAUAUGGUCCAUGUACCUAUCACGUUUCCUUUAAUUCAGUGGUGAUAGUCUAUAGGCGCAUGCUACCAAAGAAGAUUCUGAUCAAAGCCAGGAAAAAUGCAAAACUGCCUCCUUCUAUGACAGCUGCCAUGCUAAUGUAAAGGAAGGCGCAACUGGCUCUUUUAUCGGACCAGACACCUUUUGAGACGCUUGCUUUAUACGGGAGUUCUCCUCCUCUUGCUGUCGGAUAUUGGAAGUAUUGGACUGGUGCAGACAACUCCAAAGGGGUUUAGAUUAUUUCAGGGUUUAGACCUUCAGUGAGCUAACUAAAUAUGAGAAGAAAGCUAGACUUAUCUGACCUGACUGAUGAUGAAACUGAACAUGUUAUUCAAGUGGUCCAACGAGAUUUUACCCUCCGCAAAAAAGAAGAAGACCGACUGAAUGAAAUUAAACAGAAGCUUGAUGAAGAGGGUAACAAGUGCAGCAUCCUUUCCAAGCAUGAGAGAUUUAAUGAGCAUUGUUGCAUGUGUUGCUGCUCCCCAUUUACUUUUCUCAUCAAUACUAAACGACAGUGCCAAGACUGCAAAUACAAUAUCUGCAAGAACUGUAGCUCUUAUCAGAAGAAAGAGAAUGUGUGGCUCUGCAACAUGUGUCAGCAAGCUAGACGUCUAAGAGCUCAGUCCCUGGAAUGGUAUUACAAUAAUGUGAAAAGUCGCUUCAAGCGUUUUGGAAGUGCUAAAGUUCUGAAGAAUUUAUAUAGAAAACAUCGUUUGGAAACUGGAACUUGCUGUGACAUACUAGAAGCAGGACAUUUUUAUGAAGGAACCACAGUAAAUGAAGAAAGCAAAUGUAACAGUGAUUUGGUUUUCUACAAAAACACAGAGGGACGUAGCAUGUUAAGAACUGUUGCUGUAGCCUUGCAUGUUGCAGAAGAAGUAAUAGAAGAAGCUAUUUCCAAGGCAGGGAUAUACAGUGACAGCUUGGACAAACAGUAUGAAGCUUGUUAUUUGCAAGAUCAUAAAGAAGAACUGAUAGAAGAGCUUGCUACCACUAUUGUCCAGAAGAUUAUAAGGAAGCCGAUAGUCAAAACUGAGCAAGUGGAACCUGGCUUUGAAAGGUCACAGUUCAUGAGCAACAGAAAUGUGACAUCUGCUUUGUCCCCAAAACAGAACAUGCUGACUUUUCAAAGGAGCCAUAGGAGGUCAUAUGCAUUAUGGAGAUCCCAGUCUGCAUUUUCACUGACUAAUGAAGCUACAGCCCAGGACCCAAUUCUCACAUCAUCAGUGUUUGAAUCUACCUUGAGAGAACCAAAAGGCCAAAUCAAGAAACAAAAGCACAGGCUGUCUACAUUUCCCAGUUGGAAGAGUGUGGACCAAUUAAAUGAACCAAAUAAAGAUUUUCCUCCUGUUUUGCAAAGUACAGAUGGAAAUUGGGUAGCCUUGAAAAAUACCAUUUUGCCUUGCCCUCGAUUGCUUGCUAAACCUAAGAGCCAAGUGUUCAAAGCUUUGGAGGAAGAAUCCAAUGUUGUAUCUGCUUAUGAUGAGAUGGGCGAAGAUAGCGAAGAUAAUGGUGACUGGAAUGUGACUUUGAACAAGCUACAGCAGAGGCCUCAGGAGCUUUCAAAUUAUGUUGAAGCUCAGCACAAUGCUGAAUGGAGUUAUGGCAAUGAAUUAUACCAGUCUAUGACUUCUCUGUCAUCUAAGGGGUUUACCAUUGAGACAGAAUACUGUGAUUCAGAAAUAUCACCUGUUGAUCCUUUAAGGAAGACUAUAGCAUCUAGCCUCUUAGGAAUGAAUAAAGAAAUUUGUAACAAUAAAUACAGAGAGGAAAAAGCAGAGAUGAAUGAAGACUUGGAUGUGAAUUUUAAUCCACAGGUUAUCAGUUUAAACUGUUCAGAUGGUAGUGAAAAUGAAAUCUAUCAUGACUUUGAAAAGACAUCAAGAACAUGGGGGGAAAGUAAUGUUCUCUCUGAUGAUUUAUGCAAAAGCAAAAAUUAUACAAAACUACCUAACAACUUGGGUACAUAUCAGGUAUUUGAUGAUUUAUCAAAAUUUGACAUCAGCUGUGUCGAUCAACAUCAACAAAGUAAAGUACUCUCUGUGGAAGCAAGGUUGAAGGCAAGGUUAUCUGAAUUAUCAAUAAAAAUGAAAAAGAGUAGAGAAACUUCAGAGGAAGAGACAUCAGAGUCAAGAACAGCAAAUGAGAACCAGAAAUCUGGCUUAGCUUUAGACAUUUGCAAUAGCAAAUGUCUCCAAGAAGAAUUUAAAAAGAAAUGUCCUGCAGCCUCUCUCUGCAACAUAUCUACUGAAGUCCUAAAAGUAAUCAAUGCAACAGAAGAAUUCAUUGCAGAAUCCACAAAACUAUAUGAUUUCCCAGCAGAAACAUAUGAAAGAAGGAACAGAGAAUUCCCAUUAGGCACAAACCUUAUCCAGCUUGAUGGGCAGCUCACAGCAUUGGAAGAAAAUGUCUAUCUGGCAGCUGGCAGUGUGUAUGGCCUGGAGAGUCAGCUAAAUGAACUUGAGGAUGCAGCUCAUAAAGUUAACACCAUUACUGCAGAAGCCGAACUAGCUGAUCUAGAGGACCAAGUGGCAACAGCUGCAGCACAAGUUCAUCAUGCAGAGCUUCAGAUUUCAGAUAUUGAGAGCAGAAUUUCAGCCCUUUCAAUAGCAGGCUUGAAUGUGGCUCCAUAUGCUCAUUUGACAAGAAGACGUGAUCACCAGACAAGCCAGAUGCAUACAAUAAACACAUCCAGACAGCAGAGACGAAAGCUUCCAGCUCCACCGAUGAAAGGUGAAAACAUGGAUGCAUCUCCAGUUUCUUCUAUUAGAACAUUUAACAGGAAUUUCAUACUUCAAGGAUCUCUGACACAAAGAACAAAAAAAGAAAAAAAGAUCAUUGCCAAGGAUUUGUUGGAACCAACUAUAGGCUCUUCUGUAAUGUAUUAGAAUUACAAAAUUUUACUGCCAAUGACACACUGCCUAGGGCUGCACACUAGAGUGCCUUUAUAUAACAGCCAUUAUAUACAUCCACUAAAAAAAUAAAUGAUUCUCAACAAUCUACAAUGCCUCAGUAAUAGGGCUUUGUUUGGAUACCUUAUUGAGAAAGAUGUUCAAGAUAUUCAAGUCUUCAAUAUUGUGGUCUGCUCAUCAAAACUCUGCCUUAAAGUUCUAAAGAGACUCCAGGAAUUACACCAAGUUUCAAGGCUUCAUGUUUUAAGAUGCACUUUUAUUCACACUGUCAAUUGUACUAAAGUAUGUUACCUUCAGAUACAGCCUGCAUUUUUGUAUUAUUCUCAGUUCUUCAAUUAAUGUUAGUCAUUGCCUCAUUUGAAGGUAAAUUUGAAGGUAAAAGAAAUUAUUAAAUUAUAUUGUAUUGUGUGAUACCUAUUUCCUGGGAUCUUACUAUUCAGAUGUUCACAGUAAUGCACAACAUUAUCAGAACAAUAAGAAUUUCAGGAAUAACUGGUAAUCCUGAAAACUAUGAAGCAGGAUGGCCAGAAAGGAGAUUGAAAGCAUAAAAAGGAAAACAUUUUCCAUUUUUAUUUUCUACCUGCAUUCCAUUAUGGCAUAUUCUACUAGCCAUUAUACAAAUGCCCUAACUUCAUAUCAGUAGACAAAUGUACUUAAUUAAAUAUACUUUCAACCAAAUUAAUUGAAAUCUCUUCCAUCCUCAAAAAAUAGUGAAGCCAGUUGCAGACCCAGUUGUAUUCCCACUUGAGGCAAAUUCUAAUUUCAACUGUUAGAACUCAAAAUCUAGCAUUUUAAAAUCUAUUCCAAAGGCAGGUUUUAAAUCAAUAUAUAUUAUUCCAUCUCCAGUUAUAGAAACUUCUUCAAUUAUAAAGUAUAUGUGAUCAUUCUGUUAACAUCAAUGUUUCUAAAAGUGUAUAAUCAUGUGUCCAGAAGGUGUUAGUACCCUUUAGUGCAUAUAUACUCUUGGCUCUUUUGUUUAUAUUAAAGCUUGUAAAAAUAGAUUUAGAAGCUUAGCGUCUACAAAAAUAAUUUCAAGAAAUAGAUUGGCUUAAGUAUCUUCUAUUCCCAAAAUUUAGACAAAUGAGACAUUUCAUUAAUUCCCAUGUCUAGCUGGUAUCACUAAAACUGGCCACUCAUUUAUAUCUUAUCAGUUGCAUGAACGAAAAUCGGUUCACCAACAAAAGGGCGCCUGACAAAAGGGCACCCAACAAAACCACAGUGACAAAACCAUGAGUUCUAAACCGCACCGACGAAUGAGCACUGAAGCGCACCGACAACAGAGUGCCAACAGAAGCGUGCU